AUUCAGUAUUUUUUCCAGCGUGGUAUCGUCCGCACGUACUCAUAUUUAAAAAAAAUAAGUGUAAUAGUGUAACAGUGUAUAACUAUGGGUUCUUUUUGUCAUGACUUUUUCUCACUUUGCAAUGUAUUACACAAUAUUGUAGUCAUCGGAAGUUGCUUCGGAAAAAUCAGUUCCAUCAUGUGUUACAACGGGAAAUGUAUGCACUGCAUCGAAGUGGAGACUGGCUCCCUCAUCUUUGCUAUCAUCAGCAUGAUACUAAACAGCCUGGGGCUCCUGUUCACGGUUGGUAUGCUGGUGUACACGAACAUCUUACUGUCGGCAGCGUCGCAUACAGACUUGGACCCCGAGUCGAGGGGCAUUGUAUUUGCGGGCGCUCUGACCACUAACUUUGCUCUGGGCGUCAUCCUCUGCUUCUUACUGGUCCCGUUCGCCUUUACCAUCGUGCUUAUAAAAGGACUUGUACAGAAAAAGGCGAUUUACGUGAAAGUAUACUUCAUUUAUUCCGUGAUCACCAAAUGCUUGGGUAUCUUCGGGGUGGUGAUUGCGAUCGCCUCUGGAUCCUACACUCUGGAGACUUCCUUAAUCGUUUUCGGCGUAUGCGUUAUCUAUGCGUUGAUCCUGAGGAUGAUCUACAUGACCUACCAUAAGUUUGAAAUGGAUGCCCAGUACGAUAGAGCCAGGCUAGUGGAACAGAAGUACUAAGAACAUAGACCCAGUGUCGUUACCUACUCCGAGAUUGCUGGAUAUACUACAGCCUUACUGUUGAAAUACUGUUUACCAACAAAUUUAAUUAAAAAUUAGGGUAAUUUAUACCCUCAUUUCCACUAGUCAUUUCACACCUAAUAAUAAUUAUACUUGUUCUUAAAUUAAUGAAAAUAAAUUUGAUUAAUAAGCUUAGAACAAUUAGAUAUGGUUAUUAUGUUUCUUAUAACCAUUUAUACACAAACCAUACAUAAUUUAAAAUAAAUAAGUUAUGAAAUGACAUGCGUCUUCUACCUUCAUUUCUAAUUUCUUUGUUGGUAAACAGUACUCAUCACGAAGGGCUGUAGUAUAAGUUUAUAUGGACUGAGAGAAUGCGAUAGCCAGACAUACCUCGUUUUAUAGAGUUUAAGCUCAUCCUUCCUUGUGUUAAAAUCAAAAUAUGUGAAAUAAGUGAACGUGAUUGCCCAUAUGGUGUUUACGGUCAGCUACGGACAUAUUAAAAACAGAAAAAUUAAAUCUUUUUUAGCAAAAUUUUUAUAAAUUCAUAUAUGUUUCACUCUAAAAAGAGAAAAAUAAAAUCGUUAAUAUGUUCUUUCUAUUGAUCUGUUUAAAUCUCUUAAAGUUUAUGGAAUAUUUUUUUGAAAUCAUGUUUCCAAUCGUCACUUAAAUUUGCGGCAACUCUUCGUGAAACAUUGUUGAAGAUCAACUUAAAGGUCUCUACCAAAGGGUUGCCACAAAGCUAAGACAUGUCUGCUUAGUCUGGCAACUAAAGACAUGAGUCUUUAUGAUAUCCCGUCAAAAAUAUCCAAAAAAAUACGUACUAUUCAGGAUCUGGAAACUUGAAUACCUUAUAUACAAUAGGCUACUCGCCUGCUGUAUAAAACUAAGAAGAUUUUUUGCAUAGAGUUUAGAUGCCUACAAAACUAAUCACAUUUUUAUUUGUGAAAAUAAUCUCGUCAUUGUUAUAUUUUUAUAAAACAAAAUUGUAUUUUUAAGACGUCACAGCAAACGCCAAUCAUAAACUGUGACGUCAUUCGCUACAAAUCAUCGGUUUGUGAUAUUUCACAUCACUGCGACGAAUAAGUGGGGUAUAUCUGACUAUAGCAGUCCUUCAGUCAUAGUGGGGUAGGCUGGGCCUUUUAAACUAUUGAUUUCCUUUCCGUCAAAACAAGGCGUGAUGAUUUAAUUUUAGUUUUCUUUAUAUAAAUUGUAUGUCUUUAUACUAUUGUGUGGAUCCAAAGAUCAUAGAAUAGUAUUUAAAUGAUGUAGUAUAGUGUUUAGGCUAAAAAAAUACCAAUUUCUGAACUUAUAACUAACUAUUAAGUAUGUGUUUUUGAUUAUAACACUCGUAUCGUGUAAAAUAUUAUUAAGAAGACUCAAUAUUUUUUCAUAAUUAAAUGGUUAAUAUAUUAAAACUACCUAAUAUUAACUGCUGGUUUGAUACCUUGUUUACUGAAUUCCAAGGACAUUGAACCUAUCUGGCAUACUUACUUAUUGAUUUUUUGUAAAUCUCGACACACAAUGAAAGUGAUAUUGAUAUCGUGGGUAGAGGAAAUAUUGAUAACAGUUACGUUAUCAACCCAUUUCGGCUCACUGCUGAGCUCGAGUCUCCUCUCAGAAUGAGAAGGGUUAGGCCAAUAGUCCACCACGCUGGCCCAAUGCGGAUUGGCAGACUUCACACACGCAGAGAAUUAAGAAAAUUCUCUGGUAUGCAGGUUUCCUCACGAUGUUUUCCUUCACCGUUUGAGACGUGAUAAUUAAUUUUUAAAAAUGCACACAACUGAAAAGUUGGAGGUGCAUGCCCCGGACAGGAUUCGAACCCACACCCUCCAGAAUCGGAGGCAGAGGUCAUAUCCACUAAGCUAUCACGGCUCAUACCAUCAGGUCCAUCAGGUGAUAACAGUAAAUGAUAAGUAUAACACGUCACGUAUGAAAUAUUAAGGUCGCCAUUGACGGUCAAUUAUUCUCACGUUUCUGAAAAGCAAAACCGUACCCAAGCGGCAUACUAUACAAGUUAUGUACGCAGCCAACACACGAUCAAUUAUAGUCGUGGGUGCUACAGAAACGUGAGAAUAAUUGACUGUAUGUGGCUAGCGUUAGUUGCGUCGACGGUGCAUCUUUUUGCAUAAAAUUCUAAAUGACCUGCCACAUUAAAACUUUGCGUCGUCUCAUUGGUUUCGACGCAUUGGUUUUGCAAGCAUUGUUCAGACUGACUGGGUUGUGCGUCGUCUUGCGACCUGCAACAUUAAAACUUUGCGUCGUCUCAUUGGUUUCGACGCAUUGGUUUUGCAAGCAUUGUUCAGACUGACUGGGUUGUGCGUCAUCUUGCACUAUGAUGACGUGCGUCAACGCAACGCAUUAAUGUAGCAUCGCCCAUAGAGAUAUCUAGAGUAGGUAUAUCACACACUUAUCGUGCGCCUCUAUUUCGAAAAAAAGGCAAUGGGUCGAUUAGGUUAUUUGUCCAGGUCUGGCUGGUGGGAGGCUUCGGCCGUGGCUAGUUACCACCCUACCGGCAAAGACGUGAAAAUGUGGUGUAGAAACCGAAAGGGGUGUGGAUUUUCAUCCUCCUUCUAACAACUUAGCCCGCUUCCAUCUUAGACUGCAUCAUCACUUACCAUCAGGUGAGAUUGUAGUCAAGGGCUAACUUGUAAAGAAUAAAAAAAAAAAAAUGCCAGCUUCCAUACAAAAAAGCUUGAAGUUAUUUAGUACUGAAGCCGGCUGUGUGUAAGUACUACGUACAGGGUUUUUUUUAUUUCUCUUUGAGCAAUUACUUUCAAAUUCUUUUCAGCUAAUUUUCAUUUACUUACGUCUAAUCAAGGUCAACAUACUUGUAGUUUGCAUAGAUUUUUGCUAACUUUAGUCUAGAAUGAACUGCCCCCCUUGCCAAGUGGCACGUCGACUCUCUUUCUACUAUCGCUAACGCUUCGAAAACUAGAAAGAUGUAUGGGAAAGACAUUUGCUAUCGACAGGUCACGUGAUCAAGAUCUAUCAUUCCCAUACAUUUUCUUUAGUUUUCGAAGCGUUAGCGAUCGUAGAAAGAGAAUCGACGUGCCACUUGGCUGAGGGAGCUGAUGUGUCCAGGGGUGCGAUUGCGCUAUUUUAAGUAACUUUAUUUGUAUGGUGCCAAAAUUAAAAUGUCACUAACAACGAUGUUGCCAUGGAAACGAACGAUGUCACAGCACUGUAACUUUACAAAAUGCCCAGAUCCCAUAGCCAAGUGGCAUGUCGACUCUGUUUAUACGAUCGCUAACGCUUCGAAAUCUAGAAAGAUGUAUGGGUAUGACAGAUCUUGAUCACGUUACCUGUCGAUAGCAAAUGUCAUUCUUAUACAUCUUUGCACAUUUCGAAGCGUUAACGAUCGUAGAAAGAGAAUCGACGUGCCACUCGGCUAGGGGGGCAGGCUGGUUGAGACGACUAAGUUUAUAGUACGUACCUACAAUGUGAGAUGUCUUAUGUAAUUACGUGUGUUAAUUUCUACGUAAAUUAAGUUCAAACUCAUUAAGUAUAAAAGCGUAAUAAAAAUUUAUUAAAAAAACGUAUUCCUAACGUAAUUUUCUAGAAAUAAGAUUUUGAUUUUAAACGUAGGAUAUAAUAUGUACUUUUAGGUAAAUGAUUGGUGAUUCUUAUUCUAUGCUUACUAAACCUAUUUUUGCCGAUCACUCCCAUUUGUGCCAAUCAAUCCCAUCAAAUCUAUAUGUGCCGAUCAAACCUAUGGGUGCCGACCAUCUCCAUUUCUGCCGAUCAAUUCUAUUUGUGCUGAUCGUUAAAUAGCCCGUUUUUAUCUGUUUCUUUAUAAAAUGAGAACUCUGUUUAAUCUUCAAAAGCCCAUCGUCUUACGCAAAUCGCCAUAUUGUUUUGUGCCCAAGAAUGGGCGUUUUCUGCCCAUUCUUGGCAAAACAAUACUAUACUACAGCCUUUCUUGAUGAGUACUGUUUACCAACAAAUAAAUUAGAAAUAAGGGUAUAAAUCACUAGUCAUUUAACACCUGUUAAUAAAUAUAAUUAACUUGUUCUCAAAUAAUUGAAAAUAUAUUUGAUUAAUAAGCUUAGAACAAUUAAAUAUGGUUAAUAUAUUUUACAUAACAUUUUAUAAACAAACUACAUAAUUUUAAUAAUAAUAAUAAAUAAAUAUACUUAAACAAUACACAUCACUAUCUAGCCCCAAAGUAAGCAUACAGAGUAGCUUGUGUUAUGGGUGCUAUGAUAUAUAAAUACUUAUAUAAUGUGUAAAUACACACAGGCACUGGAAAACACCCAUGUUCAACACACAAAUAUUUUCCAGUUGUGGGAAUCGAACCCACGGCCGGAUCAAAUCGGAUGCAGAAAGCAGGGUCACUACCCACUGCGCCACGCGGCCGUCAAAUAUCGAUAAUAAUUUAUAAUAUCGUCGAUAAUUUAAAGUAAAUAAGUUAUGAAAUGACACGGGUUUUCUAUCUUCAUUUCUAAUUUAUUUGUUGGUAAACAGUAUCAUCAAGAAAGGCAUAGAUGAUGAUUUGAUUAGAGGCCUAACAGAAUGUAUAUUAACACAUCUCCUAUUACACAUCAAUGAUUUAAUAUAUUACAAAUUGUACACUUUUUCCUGAAUUUAUCAAUAAAAUCAAUUACCUAUU